AUGGCUGAGUCUGAAGUUUUGGAAAAAGUGUUUAAACUAAAAGAGCUUCUAAAUGAAACCACGGAGUCUAAGAAGGCAAUCGGUUUUUCAACCAGCAUUUUGCUCUAUACUUGGAGGUUUUAUGAGGUCCAGUUAUGGGUUUUAAAAACACUGAAGCGACUGCAGGACUUGAAGAUAACACUGGACAUCCUUGCGGAAACUGGGAUUGGAAAAACGGUUAAUUGUUUUCGGAAGCAUGAGAUCGCAGGUGAUUUAGCCAAAGCAAUAGUUAACCAGUGGAAAAAGUUGGUUCCCAAGGAAACUAGCAGUUCUAGCCUUGCACAGCAUGACCACCCUCCAGAAAACCAAGAAAGCUUCAAGAAAAAAGAAAAGAGAGAUUUUCUGCAAGACAAGACUUCCAGUGACAUAUCUGAGAAAAGGCAUUCCACAGGACAGGAUAAAAGGGGAUUUGAAAAAUCUGAAUUUGUGCCCAAAGAAAUGUCCAAAACAGAUAGCCAUCGAGCGAGUGCUGUUAAGACAAAAACUCUGAAUGACAGAGCUUCUGAAGGUCAUAAACAUGAAGAACAGCGUCUUGAUAAUGUAAAACAUUGCCCCAAAAGUGGAAACACUGAAGAAUCAAAUGGUGAUCUUGAAGACUGUAGUGAGAAAAAGCCUUCCAGAUCUACCAAGGCCCCCCAUAAUCCCCCAUCAGAAAAAAAGGCACCCAACCAUGUAGACAAAGAGAAGUACGAUCACAAGCAGACCAACAAGGAGUCUCCCUCAUUCACCUCCAUAACAGAGGAAACAUAUAGUAGUGCCAAAAGUUUUGUGAAAAAGGACAAAAAGUCAACCAAAGUUGCAAGUGAUGAUAAUGUAAUGCGUGAUAGGAGAAGUACUCUGACACAGAAACGAUCGGCUACUUUGGGUGAACUGGAAAUGGAUAACAAAGCGAAGAACAGAAAGUCUGGGAAGUUUGUUGAUGAGAGGAGUGGUGAUGGUGACUUUGAGGAGCCGACCAUGUCCUUUGAAACCUGCCUGAACUAUGACCUUGGACCUGCCUCCAAAAAAAGAAAAAAGCCUUCCAAAAUUCAAAAGCUGACCAAGAAACAUGAAAACCAUGAUGGUAAAACUGAAUCCGUAGGGAAAAAGGUUUCAGAGAAAGAUAAGAGCACGACGGAAAAAAAGAACAUGAAAUCUGAGGAUUCUCCUAAAAAGGUGGAAUCCGGAUCUAUAAUGGAUCUGUUAAAUGUUCCAUUGCCAUCUUUUCUGCCGGAUUGUUUCUUAUUCCCUUCUCCUUGCAUAGACAAUAAAAAACAAGCUGAAGUCCCCAAUACCUUGGAAGAUACCGUUGUGUUUACAGGCCAGAGACUUAACUCAAAGAUGCAGGUUUAUUCUGGUGCUAAGACUGUGUUCCUUCCGAGCAUGAUGACACUUUAUCAACAGUGCAUACGUACACUUCAGAACAACAUUGACUCACUUUACGAGAGUGGAGGAGUUCCAUUUGAAAUUCUAGAGCCAGUGCUUGAACACUGUACCCCAGAACAGCUGUACAGAAUUGAAGAGUGCAACCCGGCUUAUAUUGGGGAUACUGACCACUUAUGGAUGAAACACUGUCAGAAGGAGUUCAAAAAUGAAAGACCUCAAGAGUACGAGGCAUGGAGAGAAAUGUAUUUGAGACUUUUUGAAGAAAGAGAAAGAAAGUUUAAACUUCUGACAAAAAGCAUAGUCUCGGCACACUCUGGAAAACCUAAAGGCCGACAGGUGAAGCGAGCAUUUAUUCAUUCUGUAGCCAAGCCUCCCAGAGAGGUGCGUCGAAAACAGGAGAUCUAUGGGACUGCGUGCUCCACUGCCCAGCCUCAUUCCGUUGAUAAAGUGAAAAUUUCAAGUGUAAAGACACCAGAAAGCACAGUGAGACACGGCUCUUCGGAAGUGAGCCUGUCCAGUGCUGGUCCUAGUCAAGAUCCAAAGAAAAUGGCAAAAAAAUUUGCACCAAUGAUGGCAAAGUCAUUAAAGAUCUUCAAGAGCCAACUGGUACGCCGAUAGAUGCACUUUUGAAUCACUUUUUGUUCGAUAAGGAACCAUUAUGAUCUGGACCAACCCCCCCC